CCAUAGCAUCUCACCUCUCACUCCAUUCUUCUCCUCUCUGGCCUCUUAAACCUUUCGCAAAACUUGUCAUUACUCUCAGAGGCAACCAUGGCCUUUACUCUUACCUUCUCUUGCCUACUAUCCCUCUUCUUCUUCUUCCCUAUGCUCUCAAGCUCCCAGAGCACCUUCACUCGCUCGCGCGCAACCUACUACGGUAGCCCGGAUUGCUCGGGCACUCCAAGAGGAGCAUGCGGGUAUGGUGAGUUUGGUAGAAGCCUUAAUGGCGGCGACGUCGGGGCUGUUUCUAGGCUGUAUCGAAAUGGCACGGGCUGCGGCGCAUGCUACCAAGUGAGAUGCACCCAUCCUCAAUUCUGCAACGAGGAUGGUGUGAAGAUUGUGGUCACUGACUAUGGUCAGGGGGAUAACACUGACUUCAUCCUGAGUGCCAGGGGGUUUGCUAAGCUUGCAAGAUCAAACAUGGCUAAUGAACUGAUGGCUUUUGGUGUGAUAGACGUCGAGUACAGGAGGAUCCCAUGUCGAUACCCAGGAUACAAUAUGAUGCUUCAGGUCACACAACACAGCAAGUUUCCGAAUUACUUGGCCCUCAUCGUAAUCUACCAAGCAGGCCAGAAGGACAUAUUGGCCGUCGAAUUGUGGCAGGAGGACUGCCAGGAAUGGAAGCGGAUGCGCAGAGCCUAUGGUGGAGUGUGGGACAUGGCGAAUCCUCCAAGGGGCCAAAUGAAUGCGAGAAUUUUGACGGGUGACGACGGCGGCCAGAGUUGGGUCGCGCUGAAUGGUGUCAUCCCCUCAGAUUGGAAGGCAGGGGUGGCGUAUGACACGGCCAUUCAGCUAGCCUAAGAAUUCCUGGCUUGAUGUGCUUAGGAAGACCUUCCCUACUUAUAAAUUGAUCAGUAGCAAUUAAAAAAGUUGGUAAUUAGCGUGUGCAACUGCUCUUUGGUAUGUGCAAUAAAAAUGGUGAUUCCAUGCUUUGUUUGAUUCGGAUGAAUACAUAAAAACAAAUAUUAGCUCUUUUUUGCUG